CUCAGUCAAAACGCUCCCCCUUCGACACCGCUGCGGAAAGCUUUGUUUUUCCGCUCUACUAGCUGGCUCCCCCUGGAACCGGUUCGCAAGGGGCGACUGGAGCGGACGGAGGAGCGGGGCCGAGCGGUCAAGUGCUAGAGUAACAUCUACAUCCAAGCAAGUCCGUCUCCGACUCCGACUCCGACUCCAACUCCAACUCCGACUCCGACUCCAUCUCCAUCUCCAUCUCCAUCUCCAUCUCCAUCUCCAUCUCCUCCUCCAGCCUCUGCUCUGCGUCAAGCACUGGGUGGAGCUCUUUAUAUAGCAGCACAGGCAAUAUUGACUUAUUGCCAACAGGUGUUUGCAAUGGCUGCUACUGUGAACUUGGAACUCGAUCCCAUUUUUUUGAAAGCACUAGGCUUCUUACAUUCAAAAAGUAAAGAUUCUGCUGAAAAGCUAAAAGCACUACUUGAUGAAUCUUUAGCUCGGGGCAUUGAUUCAAGUUACCGUCCAUCGCAAAAGGAUGUGGAGCCAUCCAAAAUUUCAAGCACAAAAACUAUUUCCAUUAAGCAAGAGCCCAAAACAUCCUCUAAUCUUCCUUCUGGCAAUAAUAAUGGCAAGGUCCUCACAACUGACAAGGUGAAGAAGGAACCUGAAAAGAGACCUACUGAUAAAAUGAAAUCAGAUAUCACUGAAGGCACUGAUAUUCCAAAGAAACCUAGGUUGGAAAAACCAGAGACACGGUCCUCUCCCAUUACCGUUCAAACCAGCAAGGAUUUAGCUAUGGCUGACCUUUCCAGUUUUGAGGAGACCAGUGCUGAUGAUUUUGCCAUGGAGAUGGGAUUGGCCUGUGUUGUUUGCAGGCAAAUGACUGUCGCCUCUGGUAAUCAAUUAGUAGAAUGUCAGGAGUGUCAUAAUCUCUACCACCAAGACUGCCACAAGCCCCAGGUGACAGACAAGGAAGUGAAUGACCCUCGCCUUGUGUGGUAUUGUGCCCGAUGUACCAGACAAAUGAAAAGAAUGGCUCAAAAAACUCAGAAACCACCACAGAAACCAGCUCCCACUGUUGUUUCUGUAGCUCCAGCUGUCAAAGAUCCAUUGGUUAAGAAACCAGAAACUAAACUAAAACAAGAGACAACUUUUCAAGCAUUUAAGAGAACAGAAGUCAAGACAUCCACGGUUAUUUCAGGAAAUUCUUCUAGUACCAGUGUUUCCUCUUCAGUAACUAGUGGUCUAACUGGAUGGGCAGCUUUUGCAGCCAAAACUUCCUCUGCUGGUCCCUCAACAGCAAAAUUAAGUUCAACAACCCAAAACAAUAGUGGGAAACCUGCUACCUCAUCAGCUAACCAGAAGCCUUUGGGUUUGCCUGGUCUGGGAACAUCAUCCAAAGGUGGAAUAGGUUCCAAAAUAGGUUCCAGUAACAGCACUGCACCCCCUGCGCCAUUGAAACCACCUCCCCCUCUAACUUUGGGCAAAACUGGCCUUAGUCGCUCAGUUAGUUGUGACAAUGUUAGCAAAGUAGGUCUUCCUAGUCCGAGUAGUGUAGUUCCAGGAAACUGCAGCCAACUAAGUGGGAAUGGAAAUAGUGGGGCACCGGGGCCCAGUGGAAGUGCCACUAGCAAAACCACUUCAGAAUCAAGCAGCUCACCCUCAACAUCCCUUAAAGGUCCAACCUCACAAGAGUCACAGCUCAAUGCCAUGAAGCGAUUGCAGAUGGUCAAGAAGAAAGCUGCCCAAAAGAAACUCAAGAAGUAACAUGGCUAAGUAGGUUUUUAUAUCACAUUAACGUAAAGAUUAAAAUCGUACUAUUUAGGACAUAAACUGUAAUAUAUAAUUUAAUAAAAAUCUUCAUAAUGAAAUUUCUACUAUUUCUUACCUUAAAAUGCUAUUAUUUGGUAAAACUUGGAAAUCUUUUUUAUUUUAAGUCUGCUUAACAUUUUUAACAGUUUGUAUUGGGUGUGAAAACAAUGAUUAGACUAAUUCUUGAUUAGAACUUGAAUCCCAGAAGACUGGUAGCAUAUGUGAACUUUAAAAAAGAAAAAGAAAUAGUUCAUCUUGAGCAAAACUCCAAGAACUGAUUCUGCUGGAAUAAGGUGCUUUAUAAGGUGGCAGGGGUGACCCAGUUAAAAUGUUGUGUACUUUCCCUCAACUAUCCGGAUAUUCUUAGCCCAGUUCCAUUGGUUUUCCCCCUCCCUCAAAAUAUUUAUCUCCUCUUUUUAAAAAUUAGUUUUUCAUAAUUGAUUUAUCAUAUUCCUCUAUUGUAUCUUUGCCUUUUUCAUCUCA